UGCAUGAUAGCAGCUUAACGGAGCUGUUGCAGCAUACAUGUUAAAGAGUGCUGCGUCUUAGUUACUUACUGUCCCACCUUCACAUCACCUCUGAUAUCGUUGUGUUAAUCGCAGAAAGGAGAGCAUAAUGGCGGAAGCAGUGCAGCAACAACAGCAGCCGUCAGACGAACAAGCACCUCUGCUUGGUGGACCGGGGGAUGCAAGCCAGCAGAACAAGCCGCUGUAUUACAACUUCAUCAUUGGAACCGGCGUUGUUGCUCAAGGUGGCGCCUGGAUUUUGGCUGCAAUUGUAUGGGGCUCGGUCUUCUCGAACCAGCUGAUACUCUUUUCUGCGCAUCCGCUGCUCAACUCCGCCGCCGUACUGUUCUUCAUCCAAGGCAUCCUCAUCCUUCAGCCCACCCAUACCGCGAAGCAGAAAAAGCAAGGAACAUUCGUGCACGCUGCGUUGAACGACAUCGCCGCGCUCGCAGCCGUAGCCGGGCUGGUCGUUAUUGAGUGUACCAAGGUGCAACACCAUGGCGCCCACUUCCAGUCGGUGCAUGCCAUCCUCGGUCUGAUCACCUACAUCUUGGUUGCAAUGCAGGCGUUGGUCGGCAUUACUCAGUUCUUCACACCGGGCCUUUACGGCAGUGUGGACAAUGCCAAGGCACUCUACAAGUAUCACAGAGCGUGUGGGUACCUGACACUGCUCGUCAUGCUGGCCACUGUCUGCGCCGCGACCCAAACUACGUUCAACAAGAACGUGCUCGGCAUGCAACUUUGGGCAGUUGUCGUGGCGUCAGUGAUUGUAGUGCUUGGCGUGGGUGCGCGCAUCAAGCCUAGCAAGUUUGGCUGGUUGGCUGGGAAUUAAAGGCAACGGCGUUUACAUGACCAGAAACGAGGCUCUGGGUAGUGUGAAGCAGAAAGUCAACCACAGGCAGUAGGAUGACUGACCUCAGGCAGUGGAUUGCAGAUUGAUCUUGUAUAGCUCAUCGAAAGCGGCAUCUUGGAAAGUUUGGGCAUCUGGCAUAUGUGCUUGUAGCCACAUAACACCAAAGGAAUCUACUCGUACGCCAGAUUUUCUUGUG